AUGCCCCCGCCGGGCGUGCAGUUGCCCAGGACAAAAAGCUCGACGGCGAAUAGCCCGUGUUCGAGGCAGCCUCACCUCGAUGCCUUGGCGCGGUGGGCACGAGCCGGGCGAUGGGGUCAGGUGGCCAACGUGCUGGCACGCAUGGAGCAGGCUGGAAUUGAGCCCGCGGUGGCAAGCAUCAACAUCGUUGUGUCUGCUGCAGCAUCUGCCAUGCACUGGUUGAGGGCCCUUCAGGCCGCAACAGAGGGGCGAGAUGCUGGUAUCCCUGGCGAUGCUGUCGGUCAGACAUCGGUGCUACACCUGUGCAAACAGCUGCGACGCUGGCAGCUUGCAGUGCACCAUCUGCAAAGUCUGCCGCUGCAGGGAGUGCAAUGCAACGCCAUCCACGUCCAUGUGGUGCUCAGCAGCAUGCCACAGGAAGAUUGGCCCAAGACAGUCGCCCUAUUCCGAGAGCUGUCCUUGCAGGCUGUGACCUUGGAUGCAGUCGCUCGGAGACCGCUACUGCGUUCGCAGUGGCAGCAUGCACUGGCUGAGUUCGCGUGGAGAUGUCACGGUGACCUCGCAUCAGCGUCAUCGUUCACUGCCGCCUGCUCAGCAGCAGGAGUAUGGACACAGGCGCUGGUUGUGUGUCAACGAUUCUGGGGCUACGCUGACCGCAUUUGCUUCAACUCGGCUGCUUCCGCCUUUGAGCGUGCUGGACCAUGGCAAUUCGCUGUUCGGCUGUUUGCUGCUCCCACCAAGAACGAGGAACCUGAUGAAACUGGACUGGCCUCAGCGCAGAUCGCCGUGAGCAGCGGAGGUGCAUGGCGCGCGAGGCUGCUGCUGCUCGAAAAUGCCAAGCAUCAGGAGAUUCUGCGAGCCAUAGUUAUGGGUCAUUGCGAAGCCUCGUUUUCUGCCAUUUUUGUCGCCAUGGCCAAGAGCUUGCAGCCGCGCCGUUUGUCUUGCGCUGGCCUUCUAGGCCUUCUGCUCCUCUCUGCCGUCGUUGUCGUGCCAGUUGGUUUCAGUGGCUGGUCCUCCUCUGGGCACUCGAGGCCUGUCGAGUCUGCGAAGAGCAGGACUGGUACGGCAGAUUGGUUUGCUUCUCUCUACCGGCCGGCCGGGCCAUCUUCCCAGUUCAACGUGGAGAGUUCCACGCUGAUCUCUCUGGCAACAUCCAUGCUUGUUGCUAUGACCCUUUGCUUUUUGAGGCCUGGGUUGGCCGUGGCUGCAGAUAACCUUGCGGCUGUGGCCCCCUGUUUGCUGAGCAAGUGCCAGCUUCCUUUGGCGAAGUGCAUCUUGAACCCGAGCUGCGCCGCCGACCUGACUUGCGUCAUCGCCUGUUCGGGGCGCCCGGACGAGUCCAGCUGUCAGAUAAACUGCGGCAACAACUUCGAAAACGACGUGGUCGUGCAAUUCAAUGCCUGCGCUCUGAGUGCCAAGAAAUGCGUCCCGCAGCGUCCGGACAAAGGCCCUGUUCCGGGAGACUUCAACUGGGAUCCGGUGAAAGGCCGAUAUCCGGAACCGCCGGCUGAGUCGGUGUCGGAGGAUUUCGAAGUCGCCAAGAUGACAGGACGAUGGUACAUUACCGCCGGCUUGAACCCUCUCUUUGACACCUUCGACUGUCAAGUUCACUUCUUCGAAGGAAUGGCACCGAAGGAAAACACGCCCGGUCGACUUGUCGGAAAAAUUAAUUGGCGCAUUAACGAGGUGGACGGCGAGUUCAUCUCCCGAUCGACUGUCCAGAGCUUUGUGCAAGCAAAGCCGGGCAAGUUGGAGAAUCAUGGAAACGAGUACUUGCACUACCAGGAUGAUUGGUACGUCUUGGACCACGGCGACGAGGACGACCCCGAGCUUGGUUUUGUCCUCAUCUACUACAGGGGGCAGAACGAUGCAUGGGCAGGUUAUGGCGGUGGUACGCUCUACACGCGCGCAAAGACGGUGCCGCCGCAGAUCAUGGAGAGGGUCAGGGAAGCAACGGCAAAGGCAAAAGUACCCUAUGACAAGUUCUGGAAGGCCACAGACAACUCUUGUCCUGUUGAGGGUGACCCAGCCAAACUUCGCACGAAGUACGCUGAACGGCUCAUUGAGCAGGCAGAGCUGCGAGCGGAAGAGCAGCUGACACGCCUUGCUCGGAAAACAAUCUCGAAGGUGGACAUGGAAGAGAAGGAGAUUGCACAGGCCGCCCAGCGACUUGAGAAGAUGACGGAGAAAUUCGUUCGCGAAGAGCUGCGGGUUACGGAGAAAGCGAUCGAGGAUGAAGAGCUUGCGUUGGAGGCACCUUUGCGAAAGCUCAAGCAAUUCUUCACCCCCAAACCUCCGCCGCGUUUGAACAAGCCAAAGGCGAUAACUUCGCUGGAGAGGUGCAGAUUUUCAGCCGACAGAGUAGAGACUCUGAAGCAGUCGAGCCAGCCUUUUUAUUUCAAUCUGGCGGCCCUGAGACCGCAUCUGAUGCUCUCUACUUUCGACCCCGGCACGCUGCGAUCAACGCCCAGCCUUUGGUUGCAAGUGCUAGAGUUUCGUGCAGGCCAUGCUGAAGAGUUCGCGGCCAGCGCAGAGGGCCUGCAGGAGGCCUCUCGCUGGAUCGAGGCUUGCGAUCUUUUGAUCCGCCUUGCCGCCAGCAGAGCCGACCAAGCGAAUAGCUGGAGAGUGGCCAUGCGCAGACUGACCGUUGUCAUGUCCGCGCAGACCCAAACCUGGCAACGGUCCCUGGCUGCUUUGACAGCUGCCCAACGCUCGGGCCUGCGGCCUGCUACGAUUCACCACGAUGGGGGAGCGAGCGCUCUCGAGAAAGGGCUCCAAUGGGAAGGAGCCUGCAAGCUGUUGGGGCUGAUGCCUUCCAGAAGGAUGAGCCCUCGAGCCCAAGGCUGCAACGCUGGAGUCGCUGCGUGUGCCAAGGGCGAGCAGUGGCCAAUGUCGCUGCGCUGGAUUCUCUGCAUGUCCAAGGACACUCUGACCCCCGAUGAGAUGAGCCUUGGGUCCUUCAUCUGUGCGGCUGAUGCCCAUGCAUGGCGGCAAGUGCUGGGGCUCUUGCUGUGUCUUGAUCCAAUGAAUUCGCUGUGGUCUCCGACCUUUUUCCCAUGGGCUUUGGCCAAGCUGGGCUGCCGGACCCCACACGCUGCAGAGGCGCUUGCCCGGGCAGCACAGUGGCCUCUGAGUGCAGCAGAGGUCACAUCGUCUGCCUGGGCUGCAGCCAACCUCGGAAUCUUUGGUCCGGGUAUUACUCACCAACUGGAGAAGCAAGUGAUGCAAUGCCACAAGAAUUGCACUCUCGAGGAGCUGCGAGUCGUUACUGCGGCGGGAGCUGCACUGAACCUCGGUCACAGACUUUUCCGAGCAAUAGCCGAAGAGGCUGAGCGACGAAUGCUAUCGAUGCAAGUCGGAUGCGCGGCCGACAAGGAUUGGCAGGACCUCCUGGGCAUCGUGAGGGCCCUGCACUCCAUCGACCUCCUCCCAGAGCGCCUGCACCGACUGACCAAGGCAUGCUUCUGCACAGAGAAAGUGGACGCAGCAUCCUUUUCGCAAGGGCCGGACCCUGUCGUGCUGGAGAAACCGGCUGGCUGGGAGGUUUAUGGUGGGCAUGGACAACUUCAGCUGCGAGACAAGCUCAUCAGAAGCGCUGGCAACUACCCCAUCUUCCACGAUGCCACUCGCGACUUUGGUUUCAUACACCGCCUGGACGUGCCAAGUUCCGGCUUGAUUCUGGCAGCGAAGACCUAUCGCACACAUAGCUAUCUCCAGCUGCAGCUGCACACAGGAGUGCUGCUGCGUGAGUACUUCGUCGUGAGCCAUGGAUGGCUACCACCGGCACGGCGUGCGAUCUCUGCUGCGCUGGACGAUGAUGCCGAAACGACCCGUGCAGGUGUCGGCAAAGCCGCACUGACGAAGUUAAAGGUUCAGGUGCAAUGCCACCUUGAAGGUGAAGCUUUCACUGCUGUAGCUGUGCAGCUUGGUACUGGUCGGAAACACCAAAUCAGGAGCCAUCUGGCCCAUGUAGGCCAUCCAGUGGUGCGUGAUGGCCGCUACAGCAGUUCUGCGAGUUUCCGCGGAGAUGGAAGGCUUUGCAACAGCAACUUCUUGCAUCGGCAGCGGCUGGCCUUCUUCGAUUCGAGUGGCAAGUGGCAUGACGCCAAGGCACCAUUGCCAUCCCUGCUGGCCACAGCUCUGGAAUCGCUACGCGAGCGGCGGGCAACUUCAACUGGUCUCUUGCAGCAAUGCACCGGCGAUGUGCAGAGUUGGGACGUGGCUACCAAAGGGGACCGCCGUGUUGUCUACGCUCGACUGAUGGCUAUCCGAGCUCUUGCGCCGCUGGCAGCAAGUGGCAACAAGCGAGCCAUCGACUCGGUAGUUGCUGGCCUCAAGGACCAGCAUACCUCAGUGCGAGAAGGGGCUAUGGAGGAGCUUGCAAAGAUCGCCAGCAACGGAGACAGUGUUAAUGGCAGGGAGCUUUCCGCACGCCUCAGUGCAGUGAAGGCUCUGGCUGCCGAGACUCCAGAUUCUGCUGCCGCGGCCGUCCUAGGCACUUGCCUUGAGGAUUGGCAUGCCGCCGUUCAGAAAGCCGCAGCAUGUGGCCUUGAAAAGUUUGUGGGCAAGGCAGGCUCCGAUCCGGCAGCCUCCAAAGCAAUCGAGGCGUUCAGCGCCCGUGCUCUGCGGGGCGACCGAUCUGGGCUGACGGCCCUGAUGACCGCGCUUGAGCGGGAUGAUGCUUCGCCCACGUGGCGCCAAGCGUCCGGGUUGUGCUCCAAACGGAUUCUGCUCAACCUGCCGAAUUUGCAGUGA